AUGGCGGGCUGGUUCUCUUCAUCCUCUCCCAUUGAUGAUCAGGUGGAGAAGGCCACCUCAUCUUCUUUGGAGGAUAUUGCCCUCAACUUAGAAGUUUCAGACCUCAUUCGAUCAAAGAGUGUUCAACCUAAAGAUGCGAUGAGGUCUUUGAAACGACGACUGGAAAAUAAAAACCCCAAUGUGCAGUUAGCGACACUGAAGUUGACAGAUACAUGCGUCAAGAAUGGUGGAACACAUUUCCUCGCCGAAAUCGCUUCUCGCGAGUUCAUGGACAACCUCGUCUCCCUUCUGAAAGCGGAUGGUUCUCCGCUUAACACAGAGGUGAAAGAGAAAAUGUUGGAACUGAUCCAAGACUGGGCGAUGGCAGCCCAGGGCCGUAUGGACCUGAGUUAUGUUGGGGAAACAUAUCGCAAGUUACAAGACGAGGGUUUCCGAUUUCCGCCAAAGACUCAAAUCAGCGGGAGUAUGCUUGAGAGUAGCGCGCCCCCGGAAUGGAUCGACUCAGAUGUCUGUAUGCGCUGCCGUACGCCGUUCAGUUUUAUGAAUCGCAAACACCACUGCCGGAAUUGCGGAAACGUCUUCGACGCUCAAUGUUCUAGCAAAAGCCUUCCUCUACCUCACCUGGGAAUAUUACAGCCUGUACGAGUUGAUGAUGGGUGUUACGCAAAAUUAACCUCGAAACCAUUCACACCCUCUGGAUUGUCGGACCGAUCCGCUUUUAAGAAUAACUCUAUCACAAAGUCUACCGUUAUGGAACCGCGUACGGCGCGGGCGGAGGGUGGUUUUGAUGAUGACCUACGUCGGGCGUUGCAGAUGAGUUUAGAGGAGGCGCAGGGCAGAGGAUCUACUGGCUACGUCCCACAGCCGAAGGUUACCCAAGAGCCGCCUCAGGCAUCUAGUCAAUCCAGGAUCGAGGAGGAGGAGGAUGCAGAUCUAAAGGCCGCUAUUGAGGCUUCGCUGCGCGACAUGGAACAACACAAGCAAAAACACGCUGCCGCUCUGAAAAACACCCCUACUACCGAACCUUCCACAUCUCGAGACGCACCGGGCGCGACAUCGUUACCCAAGAAUCCUUAUGAGCUGAGCCCUGUGGAGGUGGAGAAUAUUCACCUCUUUUCCACUCUUGUUGACCGAUUACAACACCAGCCACCGGGUACAAUUCUGCGCGAGCCGCAGAUUCAGGAGUUGUACGAGAGUAUCGGCACCCUUCGACCCAAAUUGGCCCGAAGCUAUGGUGAGACUAUGAGCAAACAUGAUACUCUUCUUGAUCUACACGCUAAACUAUCGACGGUUGUCCGGUAUUACGAUCGCAUGCUGGAGGAGCGUCUCUCAAGUGCAUAUUCGCAGCACUCACUAGGUUAUGGGACCGUUCCCAGCGGCCCGCGGUAUCCUAAUGUGUACCCCCCGAUGCCGCAACAUGCUUCCGAAGGGAAGAGUGGGGUUGAGAACUUCUAUUAUGGGAAUACGGGCGCGGAGAAGCCACCAGUUUCUGGGACCCCAUAUACCCAGCAGCAACCAGAGGGGGAAGGGCUUGAGAGGACUGGAAUGCGCAGCGGUGCCAUGAGUCCCGGCAUGUACUCACAGCCCCCUCCGGCCAUGCCGCAAAAUCUACCCUGGCAUGGAAAGGCACAGGCUGCGUCUCCCCAGAUCUCAGCUGCCAAUACACCUUACCCUCAAAGCCCCUCUGCGUAUCCUGCCCCAGGCGCACCGACACAUUUCUAUACGACCUCCAACCAGCCAGAACAAGAUGUGAAUCCUUAUCAACCUCCUCGACAGAGUGAGGUGGACACCUCUUAUAUGCCGUCGCCUGUGACACGGCGCGAUUCCUUGUAUCAACCAGCUGCACAUUCCAAUGUUUCAGCACCGAGCGUACCAGAGCAGCCACCGUCAGCCGAGCAAAUGGCGUACUUACAUCUGUCAGAGUCCCACCCUAUGCAACCCGGAAGCCAGCCUACACUCCACCACCAGCCCACCGACCCUGCAGCCCAGUCUUAUUACUACCAACAACAACCUCCCCCAGCGCACCCAGCCACUGCGUACUCCCAGGGGCAACCGACGUAUCAUGGGGCGUAUCCUGUUAAUGAUGCCUCCCCUGUAGGCGGAACUGCCCCUCCUACACAAUAUCAACAACCACCGCCAUCCCGACCCGCAGUUGAAGAGAGCUUGAUUGAGCUGUCAUUCAAGACAGGCAAUAGCACGCAGAUCAAUGAUUUUGUGGACGCUCACCCCGGAGGGCCCAAUGUCAUUCUCCGCUGUGCUGGGAAGGAUGCAACAAAGGACUUCGACUCAGUGCAUGAGUUAGAGAUCCUAACACAGUCUUUGGCUCCUUCGGCGCUUCGCGGACACAUUGAGCCGGGUACACUGGAGAAAUCGAAUGACAUCCACGAGAUGAAUUCACCAAACAAGGAUGCAAGUCUGCCUCCUCCGCUGAGCAGCUUGCUUAAUCUUCAUGAUUUCGAAAUCGUCGCCCAGAAGCACCUCCCCCCUAAUGCUUGGGCUUAUUAUGCCUCCGGAGCCGAGGACGAGAUCAGCAAGCGACAAAAUUCCAAGGCAUUCCAGAAAGUCUCUCUUCGACCGCGCAUCCUUCGCAGCAUUCCGACUGUAGAUACAACGACUAAUAUCCUGGGCAAGCAAGUUUCAUUGCCAGUUUACAUGAGCGCUGUUGGCAUUGCAAAGCUCGCCCACCCAGAUGGAGAGCGCGCCCUAGCAGCCGCAGCUGGGAAAGAAGGAUUGGCACAAGUGCUUGCCAAUGGGGCCAACAAUGUUAUUGAGAGUGUCAUGGAUGCAAGAACAAGUCCGGAGCAGCCUAUCUUCCAGCAGCUGUACGUUAAUCGUGACAUUACAAAGUCUGAAGAUGUGGUUCGGCGUGCGGAACGCGCUGGUGUCAGUGCCAUCUGGAUCACAGUCGACUCUCCAGUUGUAGGGAAGAGGGAGAUGGAUGAACGACUCAAUCUUCAGGUUGAGGCGAGAGACGACCCAUCCAGAAAAGGGCAAGGCGUUGCCAAAACAAUGGCCAGCUUCAUCUCCCCAUUUAUCGACUGGGAUAUUCUUUCGUGGUUGCGGGGCCUCACCAAACUACCUAUAGUUAUCAAGGGGAUUCAAUGCGUUGAGGAUGCGGUACGGGCAUAUCACAGUGGAGUGCAGGGGAUUGUUCUCUCUAACCAUGGAGGACGAUCGCAAGAUACCGCCCAGGCACCCCUCCUCACACAUCUUGAGAUUCGACGAUAUGCUCCGUUUCUCAUUGACAGCAAAAUGCAAAUCUUCAUUGACGGCGGUAUUCGACGAGGCACCGAUGUGUUGAAAGCAGUGGCUUUGGGGGCGACCGCCGUAGGUUUAGGUCGGCCUACGUUGUAUAGCCUGGCUGCAGGAUAUGGUGAGCAGGGGGCUCGACGAGCCAUUGAGAUUCUACGACAGGAGAUAGAGUCCAAUAUGAUAUUUUUGGGAGUCAGGAAUCUAAAGGAGCUAGGACCACAUCUUUUGAAUACUGCUAGAUUGGAGAGAGACGUGGUUGGGAUGAGCAACCAAAUUGAUAUUCUUCUCUACGGCCUAGGAGCCAUUGGCUCCUUCUACGCCUUCAUCUUAACCCGCAAUGACCGAGUCCGUCUAACUGUAGUAGCGCGGUCAAACUACGACGCGGUUAAGGGAGACGGUAUAUUCCUCGACAGCGGAAACCAUGGACAGCACAGAUUCCGCCCUCACCAAGUCAUAAAAUCCCUCGACGAAGUAUCCGGUCCAUUUGACUACGUCGUCUGCGCGCAUAAGGCCAUCGACCAAGAGGCAGUGGUAGCCCGACUGCAGCCAGCCGUGAACGAAAGGACAACCAUUGUGAUCAUUCAGAACGGCGUCGGCAAUGAGGAGCCAUUUAGGAGCACAUUUCCCAUGUCCUCUAUCAUCACAUGCGUGACCUGGGUAGGAGCGACGCAAACAUCACCGGGGACGGUUAAACAUACCAAGUCAGAAGAUAUGCAGAUUGGUCUAUUCCCCAACACAUCGGUAGAUGAAACACUUGAGCGGACUCGGUUGAAUACUUUCGCUUCGUUGUUAGAGGGAGGUGGAACUAAGUUCCAGGUUCUGGAGGAUAUGCAACGCCAGCGCUGGGAGAAGGUCGUCUGGAAUGCGGCUUGGAAUCCUAUCACUACUUUAACCUUGCUCGAUACGCAAUCUUGGCUCCAUUCCAGUAAGGAUGCGACGCCCUUAACACGUCGUUUGAUGCGGGAGGUUAUCGAUGUUGGUCGCAGGUGUGGUGUGCCGCUGGAGUAUGGGCUUGUUGAUGAGCUGAUGGACAGGAUCAACUCUUUGCCUGGAGUCGGGAGUAGCAUGCAGACAGAUUAUAAGAAUGGUAGGCCCAUGGAGGUGGAUGUUAUCUUGGGAUUUCCGGCUAGGAAGGCGAAGGAGUUUGGUAUGGAGACACCGGUUUUGGAUACGAUUCAUGCGCUGGUGCGAGCUGUGGAUGGUCGUGUGAGGGCUGCCUUAUAG